CCUUGCACGUGGAUGGAAGAUGGCCGCGUUUGCAGACCUGAAUAUCCUCUACUUGCCGGAGAAAGAAGCCUUGCAGAAGUUGGUGGAGGCUGCAGCGCACCUUGGCUAUUCAAGUGUAGCAAUCAAUUAUGUUGUCAACUAUAAAGAAAAGAAAAAAGAAAUAGUCAAGCCAAUAACUCCUGCAGAACUGUUUUCAUCUUUGCCUCUUGUACAGGGGAAAUCCAAGCCAAUUAAGAUUUUAUCAAGGCUGACACUAGUGGUUUCUGAUCCAUCCGACUGCAACAUUCUAAGAGCGACGUCCACAAAUAUCAAAUAUUAUGACAUCUUUGCUGUAUUUCCUAAGAAUGUAAAACUCUUUCACGUGGCCUGCACAACCUUAGAUGUAGACUUGGUGUGUGUUGAGGUGACAGAAAAGCUGCCCUUCUUCAUCAAGAGACCAUCUGUCAAUGCGGCAAUAGAGCGAGGUGUCUAUUUCGAACUUCUUUACGUUCCUGCCAUCAAAGAUUCCACAAUGCGACGGUACACAAUCUCAAAUGCCUACAACCUGUUGCAGAUCUGCCGUGGAAAGAAUAUCGUUCUGUCCAGUGGAGCUGAAAAGCCUAUCCAAUUGCGAGGUCCAUAUGAUGUGGCUAAUAUAGGUUGGUUGUUCGGCCUUUCAGGAAGCAAUGGCAAGGCAGCUGUUUCGACCAACACCCGAGCCGUCCUUCUUCAUGGAGAAGCCAGGAAGACUGCCUGUGGAGUGGUGUACACAGUGAAGAAACCUCAACUUCCAGAAGAAGAAGAAGAAGUUGAUGAUGAUGAUGAAGAAGAAGAAGAAGAUGAUGGGGAUGAUGAUGAUGGUGAUGGUCCUCCACUCAGUAAAAAAGCCAAAACAGAUUUGUGAAUUACAAAUUUACCUCUCUUGACACCCAUCAUCUCAAACUCCAAUGCUGUCUUACCUUAGGAUAGCUGAUGAAGAGGAGGAAUCUCUUAACACUAAGUUGAUCUGAGUAUCUACCUUGGUGAUUCUCUAUGUGGACUUCAAGAGAAAUAGAUGAUGCUCCUUGAAUAUUGUCUGUGAAACAUGGCAGUACAACAUUUGAAAGAAGUGGGAGUACUUGCAUAUAACUGUGCUUUCUUUUAUAAUAAAUACGUCUUACCAAAUACAACUAUCACUAUCCGUUUGCCCACUCUUAAUGAUCAAAACAAGAAUGGACAUUCUACAUACGUAACUUAAUUUUUUUUAAAAAAAUGUUGGCUUUUAUUAAUCUGACUACAUAUGCUUGCUGAAAAUCAUUACGAUACUGGUAAUUUCAUCACAGGAUUAUAAUGUUAACAGGAAUUCCACCUUUUGAGUUCCUGAUUACAGAGUUAAUGCAGCCUAGUGUUGGUAAUCAUUUGAAGAAUUUGCAGCCUUAACCAUGAGCAAAGUUUCUUGUCACUUUACUCAUAGCUGUAAUAGUGGAGCAUCCAGAUUAUUUGUGCAAUUUAACUAGAAGAACUGUCCUAUCCUGGAUUGAGAGGUAGCCAAUUUGCUUCCAGGUCCAAUUCAAGGUGCUGGUCCUUCAUGCCUUGGAAUCAGGUUAUCUGAGGGACCGUCUCUUGCCGAUCACAUCUAUAUGACCCACCAGAGCUGGGAGGCAAGGAAUGCUGCGGGUCCCUUUCCUGAGGGAGAUAACAC